CGCUAGGGCGCUGUAGCUGCCAGGGCGGCUGUCAUGGCGUCGGAGGCGCUGGCUGAGGAGAACCGGCCGCGGUCUCUAUAGAGCGAGGGGCGGGCGGCCGGGGAUGGAGAGCGGCUCUGAGAGCCUGCAGCCGCCAGAGCACGGGGUGGCGGCUGGGCCCGCGCCGGCGACGGGUUCCCCGCCGGGAGGACGACAGGAGACCGGGCUCGCCGCUGGGGAUGGUCCUGGAGUAUGCUCGGCGGAAAGCGGCGGUGGGAAUGGGCAGGGGGCGGAGGCCGCCGGGAGGAGCCUCCCGAACCCGGCUCCCUCGGGCUCGCCUCAGGUUUCCGAACCUCGCGGCUUCGUCCCGGGCUUGGACUUGAAGGAGAGCGCUUUGGAGAGCCCCGCUGCCGCCAAGGCUCCUUCGGGAGGGCAGCACAAGGUGACCGCCUCCCCGGAGCCAGCGGAGGCCGGAGCGGGCCGUGGGUCGGGUCCGGCCGGAGACGGUGGAGCCCGCACGGAUCCCGCCGGCACCUGUGAGACGCUGGCGACCUCCUGCUCCGAGGAGCCCGGCAGCGCCGGCGGUCUCCACAGCAGUUGCAGCGACCCGAGCCCUCCUGGGGACUCGCCGAGCCUGGACUCCCUGGAGUCGUUCUCCAACCUGCAUUCCUUCCCCAGUAGCUCCGAGUUCAACAGCGAGGAGGGAGCGGAGAGCAGGGUCCCCGAGGAGGCGGAGGGCGCGGCCGCCUCGCCAGGAGCUGCCCCUCUGUGCAGAGAGGACGGGGAGGAGGAGGAGGAGAGCGCUCAGGUGUUGGCGGCCUCCAAGGAGCGCUUCCCGGGACAAUCUGUGUAUCACAUCAAGUGGAUCCAGUGGAAGGAAGAGAACACACCCAUCAUCACGCAGAACGAGAACGGACCCUGCCCUUUGCUGGCCAUCCUCAAUGUUUUGCUUCUGGCUUGGAAGGUGAAACUUCCACCGAUGAUGGAAAUCAUAACUGCUGAACAGCUGAUGGAAUAUUUAGGAGAUUACAUGCUUGAUGCAAAGCCAAAAGAAAUUUCAGAAAUUCAACGUUUAAAUUAUGAACAGAAUAUGAGUGAUGCUAUGGCAAUUUUGCACAAACUACAGACAGGCCUAGAUGUAAAUGUACGAUUUACUGGUGUUCGAGUAUUUGAAUAUACACCGGAGUGCAUAGUAUUUGAUCUUCUUGAUAUUCCUUUGUACCAUGGGUGGUUAGUAGAUCCUCAGAUUGAUGACAUUGUAAAAGCUGUUGGUAACUGCAGCUACAACCAACUAGUGGAGAAGAUCAUCUCCUGUAAGCAGUCAGACAAUAGUGAGCUGGUUAGUGAAGGCUUUGUAGCUGAGCAGUUUCUAAACAAUACAGCCACUCAGCUGACAUACCAUGGAUUGUGUGAACUAACUUCAACGGUUCAGGAAGGAGAACUUUGUGUGUUCUUUCGGAAUAAUCAUUUUAGUACCAUGACCAAGUACAAGGGUCAGCUGUAUUUGUUGGUAACUGACCAGGGGUUUCUUACUGAAGAAAAAAUCGUUUGGGAAAGUCUACACAAUGUAGACGGUGAUGGAAAUUUCUGUGACUCAGAAUUUCGUCUGCGGCCUCCUUCAGAUCCUGAAACUGUAUACAAAGGACAGCAAGACCAGAUAGACCAGGACUAUCUUAUGGCAUUGUCUCUACAACAAGAACAGCAGAGCCAAGAGAUCAAUUGGGAACAAAUCCCAGAAGGAAUCAGUGACUUGGAACUAGCAAAGAAGCUCCAAGAGGAAGAGGACAGACGGGCUUCUCAGUACUAUCAAGAACAAGAGCAAGCAGCAGCCGCUGCUGCUUCCUCCACACAGGCGCAGCAGGACCAACUAGUACCAGCCUCUCCAUCAAGUGGAAGACAAUCUGGGAGUACUGAACGUAAACGAAAGGAACCUCGGGAAAAAGAGAAAGAAAAGGAAAAAGAAAAGGAAAAAAAUAGCUGUGUCAUUUUGUAACAAAUGUUGGAUUCUGUUGGAACCACCUCUGUGUCUUGAGGAACAGAACCACAGGAGGAGAGGAAGAAAACCCGAUAAAUACCGUCUGUGCCUGAAAUCCCAAUGGAUUUUGUUCAUGUUUUUCAGGGGAAAGGUUGUUUGUUACAAUCAAACUUUUUCAAGUCACACAAUGCACUGUUUCUGAGUUGGAGUUUCAUGUUACAAGUUGGAAAUGCUAUAUGUUGUCAGUCGUGAAAAAUACUGCACUUGUAGCCAAAUAAGUGAAUCACAGCAAAUUUUUGUGUCAUAGUGACAUUGAUAACUCAUAUCAGGUAGAAAGCUAUUUUAUCUUCUGUUCUAACAAUGAAUGGAGGUAAUGGAUUUAGUCUUAUUUCUUCCUGACAUCUAAAUAUUAGCACAAUAGUUUCUAAAAUUUUUUCAAUAAUGUUGAUCUAAUCCAUGAGAUACCAGGGGUUUAAUAUAGGGACAUAAAAAAAAUAUAUAGCAGGAAUAAGUAAGUCUUAAUUGUAUAUUGGACUAGUUCAGCCCUUGAACAGCUUUACCUUUCUUUAGUAAUAUACAUUUUAGAGAAUAUCUUGAGAACCAAUAAUGGAGCUUGAAUAUAAUUUAGAUACAAAUUGAUAUUUUUAUUUCUUUUCCAAUAGCAAAAAAUGCAUAACACUAAUAAUUACAACCUAUGAAAAAUCAGAUAUUAACGACUUUGUAGUGUUGUGAAAUUUGAGGAAUUUUGAAAUCUUUAAUGUAUGUAACUUGGACCACAGUUCCUGUUGAUUACAAUGUGAUGAGUGUGUAAUAUAGAUGCAAACCACGUGGAUGCUGGGCCUUGUAAAUAGAAGUGUGUAGAAGAGCGGAUACUUCCAUGUCUACCUUUUUCUAGAAUUACCUUAAACCUUAAAUUUUAAAUCAUGUUUCUUGCUAGAAAUUCAGUAUAUUUAUUAAAUCCCAACAAAGAAGCACAUUUCUGAAUGAGAUAAUUUCCAAGUCUAGUGAAGACUACAAAACUGAGAGUAGAUAAGAAUUUGGAAGAAUUUAUGUAAAAGCAAUCACAUUUUUUUAAACUUAUGGGAAUCAAAUACUCAAAGCAUCUUAUAAUAUUUAUAGGAUUCAGAAAGAAUAUUUAUUUAACUUUAUUAUGAGGCAACAAAUAUUUUCCUGUCUUUCUAGGUAUAGUUUAGUAAACUGUCAUUAAUAGUCUUUCUUUAUAUGCUUUAUAUUUAAAUAUUUGUUUUAGUUAUUUUUGAAAAGACUAUUGCUGCUGCAAGUGUUUAUAUGAGUUAUAUCCCAAACCUCAAUAAAUUUGUUUAUUUAAGAACAACAUAAUCUGAUCUGAGCAUCCACUAGGAGACUGUUUUGUUUUGUUUGUGAUUUGGGGAGAGAAGAUACUGCAAAAAUUGUAAUUGAAAUUUUUUUAGACUGUUGUUCAGUUUCUUCAUGAUCCCAAAGUAUAGCAUGAAUUUGUAUGUAAAAAGUAGCUUCUUAUUUAUGGAAGAAAUUAUUCUAAGGCAAAAAUCCAAGGUCAAGCUGUAUCUGUUAUGUCAUUCUGUAUUGUAUGUCUUUUAUGUUACACAGUUCAUUAGUUCUUAAGAUUUCCUAUAGUAGCAUGAUAAAUCAUCAAGAAUCUGUUUGGGGUAUAAAAUUUGGAUGCAGAAUACUUGGCUUGUCUCUUGAUAAUAACCUUGAAGAUAUUUCCAUUGAUUAAUUAAUCAGAUAUGCUACAGAACUGUACUGGGCUCAAACAGGUUGACCUGUGUACUCUUAAUAUCCUC